CCGUUGAAAAUAUUUAAUAAUUAUGAGCACGUUGAUAAAAUGGAUGCUCACUAUGCCUUUUAUAAAAAUUUAUGUUCAAUUCUUGACAAUGAAAAAUGUCUUAAGAAGUCCGCAAUAUUGCCCAGAAAUUCUUUAAAAGCAAAAAAGAGUGGAACACUUAUCUUAUCCUUACAAAAAAGAUAUCUGAGUGAAAUAGAAUUUACUUCUUUAGUAAAGAAAAUUAAAUAUAUUGAUAAUGGAUUAAAUAUAGAGAUACAGAAUAUUUAA